UUCAGAAGCCCAGGUAAGCAAUCAUGUGAGUUCUGUAAUUGACCCCAAUUGGGAUCGACGAAGGGUUUUUGUCGCCGUCGUCGAGAGGUUUUUGAUUCCGGCCAAAUCUUUAAGCUUCUUCUCCAUGAAAAUACUAGAGGCCAAUGCAGGCGCUCUUACAAAUUUCGAGGUGCUCGACUUUUUGAGAUCGAAGGGGGCAGCGAAGGAUCCCACUAGGGUUCUUGCGAAAGUAGCACCGUCUGAGUACAAGGUUUAUGAUUAUUUGAAUCAAACUCAUGCUUGUAAUCAAACGAGAGAAGCUAUCAUUGAGUUUGUUGACAAGUCUAAAAAGUAUGAUCUCGCGAAAGCUGAACUUCUCAAUAUCCUCAAUUUGCGACCGAUUACUCCGGUUGAGAUAUUCCCGAUUAUAGAGGACAGUGAUGUUCGCAUGGGAGAUGAUGGAAUUCAAGAGCUUACAGAGAUGGUGGAACAGGUGUUCCCUACACCUCAAACAGAACCAACAUCCGAAGCAGUCCCGAUGGAAGGUAAAGAGGCCGAAACCAUGGCAGAGCAGGAAGAAAUUGUGGACGCCGGCCAAGAACCCAUGGAAACGACUUGAACCCAGGCUUUCCCGAGUUCAAAGGGGCUCUCACAAUGUUGGCUUGUAAAAGACAUUACUCUGUAAUGCAUCUUCAAGCCGUAACUCAACUAUUCUAAUGUACAGACACGGGUUUCAGGUGAAAGAUGACACUGAGAAGGACAAUUCCCGUAAUAGAAUGUGAAAUAGAAAGCUUUUGAGUGCUAAACAAUGACAUCUGGGCUUCUUUUUAUGACUAUUCUUCUGUUUGUUAA